AGUAACACCGACGGAACUGUCGCCUCCAUAUUCGCCCCUUACGUCGUACCUCGCGUAUACCUUCCUUACCGUUUUUCGCGCGUUUCAUCUGGCCGUCAUAGUGCCGUUAAACGAAGAAAGCGGAAGAGCGUUUCGAAGAGUACAAACAUUCAAGAAGGAAAGAGGAGACUUCGCGCGGCGGAAGGUCCCGUCGUUGGCUCAGCACAAAACGACGCGGUACGGCGGGCGUGGAUUCCCUCGAUUAUCUCUUCGUCGGUUUCUCCUCCUCUUUAUGUAUCUCAGAACAUAGUCCCGGAUACGCAGAACGAGAGAGGAAAUCAAGAAUGGAGCUGGAAGAGAGAGAGGCGAAGGUGUGCAGGCUGUGCGGCCAAUUCGAAAGACUCUACAUCGAUGUGUUCGGCGAGGAGGGCAUGAGACGCUACCUGAGCGUCAAGAUCCACUCGAAGAUCAACAUAAUGAUAGAUGAAAUGGAUCCUCUGCCCAAGGCGAUCUGUGUUCAGUGUCUGGGCAAGCUCGAAUUCGUCUGCGACUUCCAAGAGGAGUGUCUACGCACCCAACAUGAGUUACGCGAUCGAUACAAUCUACCGCCCUUAACAGAGUUUGAGGUAAAAAAUGAAGAUGCACCGCCGGCCAGGUCGACGGAUAAUAACAACAGUAUUGAGAAAAAUCUUAAUUCCACUAGCGGCGAGGACUCCGAGCAGCAACAGCAACAACAGCAGCAGCAGCAACGAGUUCUCAGGAGAAGUCUCCGUAGCCAGCAGCAGGCUAAGUCCAACGACGAAAUAAGCGUGGAGGAGAAUUCGCAAAGCAGUCAGAGUAUACAAAGUACAGAACUGACGCCGUCUCGCUGGUUGAGACGCCGGCACAACGUGGACUCCACAACGUCGUCCGUGGCCAACAACAGCGAGGAGAUCGAGGAGAUCCCGAUCGCGAGCAGGUUGAGGAGUCACAAUAACAACGCGGACAACAGUAAUCAAGCCAAUGCUUUUUCUCUGAGUGUCAGCAACAGCGAUAACGAGAGCGCUACGGGGAAGAACGUGAUACACGAUCCGACGCAAUCGACGAUUCAGUUACCAACAUCGGCGUUGAACAAAUUGUUAACUCUCGUUUCCGGUGCUCCCGAUAUCGAGGUGUCGGUGAAGGAAUCGCGGAAUCGCAGCGGCGGCGGUGGCGACGGCAUCGGCAGCAACGCCAGUAACAGCAGCAGCAAUGACGCCGAGGAUAUCAGUUUCACCGUGGAACUUUGCAGGAAGUCGAGCGAAGACGACGCGUUGCCGGAGCUGAAAGUGCGGGCGCGAGUGUUCCCGGAUCAGGGCUGCUGCUUGGUCGACUCCGCGAUCGUCGAUCUGCUGCAGAAUUCUCAGAACACCACCGUGGAGAUGAACGGCAUCGUCAACAGUAUCCUCGGCAGCACCGGCAAGAAUAACGGGGUCGCGUCGUCAAAGCUGUUGAAGGACUUGGAGGAGCUGGAGCAAAUGACGGAGGCGAUGCAAAAGCCGGAGGAGCUCUUCCGCGUGGACGGCGAGGAGAUCAAGGUGGACGAUAACGUGGAACACGUGACGAACGACGGGCAGAACGGUUACGCGUGUAAACUCUGUCACAAGUUCUACGAGCGCCGGGACAAGUGUACCGUGCACGUGAAGACGCAUCUCGGCAUCAAGCAGUACACCUGUGUCGUGUGCAACGCCAAAUUCGUCUGCAAGUCGGACGUGAUGAAGCAUAUCCGUUGCUCGCACACGAAUCCACGGCCCGUGCAGUGUCCCAAGUGUCCGAAGCGCUUCAAGUCGAAGUUUUAUCUGACCGAGCACGAUAACGUGCACAAGGGCGUGCGGCCGUAUAGCUGCACCGACUGCGGACAGAGCUACCAUCACAAGGUGUCGCUGCAGAUUCACAUGAAGUCGCAUCUGCCGCCGCAGAAUCUUGCCUGCGAGUACUGCGGCAAGGUGUUCCCGUAUCGCACGCGGCUCCUCAGCCACAUCGCCAGCGUGCACCUGAAGAAGCGCCGUAACUUCCGCUGCCGUUUCUGCUACAACCUUUAUUCCAGCCUGGCGGUAUUGAACGAACACAUCAAGACGCGUCACGCCACCACGCAUACCUGCGGCAUCUGCGGCAAGACCUUCAAGGUCACGUCCAAGUUCAAGGCCCACGUGAUGCAGCACUCGAAUCCGAAGCCGUUCGUCUGCGGCAUAUGCAACAAUCGUUACGCGUCCAAGGCCUUUCUUAACGAGCACGUGCUCAAACACGAGGGUCUGCGCAAGCACAAGUGCAAGACGUGCAACGCCACAUUCGCGCAAGCGAGUCACCUGGCCGCGCAUCGCCACGUGCACGGCGAGAAAACGCACGCCUGCCCGGAGUGCGGCCGUAAGUUCAAUCGUCGUGAUAACAUGAAGGUGCACCGGAAGCGGCAUUUCGAGCAGAAGAAGAGCGGCAAGCAAAAGAUCACCACCACCGCGUCCAGCGUUGUUGACUCGGUGGCCGCAACGACCGCGACUAACGAAAAAUAGUGUGGACGGUGACUUGAGAAAUUGCCGUUACUAAUGGCUGAACAUACUGGAGUAUACUUAGGGAUAAGAGUUAUAGAUAGAUUUUACUACGUAGCGGCGUAGCUACGCAGCGAAGACUACUCUCUUAGACUACAUAGAUCGCGAGAGGUCAGCGUUCGACCGACGUGGAGUCCUGAGAUUAGAAAGUAAGUGAGAGAUAUUUAGCGAGAAUGUGUGUUGUGAAAGAUUGCUCAAGGACAACGAUGGUCUUUUUAUGGUACAUGGCUUGGUGCUCCGAUAAAUUAUCGACAACAUUUUUGACCUUUAGCAAUAACGAUUGAUUUAUCUAUGUUCUCGAAGACUAUGUUUCAUUUCUUAUUCCCUUGUAAAUGUCGACUUUUCUACUAGGAUUAAGCGAAUUCGCUUCUUCAGCAGCUUCGCGACUUUCUUUCUCUCCUCGAUCGGAGAAUCGAAUUCGUGGAAUUUUGAGAAUGUAUUUUCGUAUCUCGGCAUCCAAUUCUUUUGUAGUACAUGUCGUUCUAUCAUAUAUCCAAAAGCAUGGUGAAUAAUAUCCCGGACAGCACGCAACGUUUAAUAUCGAGCCAUAAGACGUCUUUCAUGCUGUUUGGGACGUUAGGAAUUACCCCUGCAUGUCUUCUUUCGAUAUCUUUCAUACGUUUUUAUUACGUGAAAACCUCUUAUGUUUUUCUCGUAAAGGCGUUCAGAGAAAGAAAGAGAGAGAGAGAGAGAGAGAGAGAGGGUGAUGUUCGGAGAAAAAUGAUUUUUGUAUAAUAGACAAUAUUGAUGUACGGCCAAAAACAUAAUUACCCUCAUAAUCGUGUAGCUUUAGCGAAAAUUUGAUAACUCAAUGACGUACUAGGAAUCGGGCUUCCAAAAUAAUCAAUAACCUCGACUAGAGCGAAAAUAUUUUCUAUAGGUCUUUACACGUGCGUUCGUGCGUACGUGCGUGUAUUUUGUGUGUGUGUGUG